AUGGCCACUGAACUUGUCGUGCAAAGCGAGCGUGCUUAUCAAAAGCAGCCUCACAUUUUCCAAAAUGCCAAGAAGGGUGCCGGUCGCCGUUGGUACAAGGAUGUCGUGCCCUUCGUUGGUGAAGUUUCCAUCCGUGGCCGUAUCUUGACUGGUACUGUUGUUUCUACCAAGAUGCACCGUACCAUCAUCAUUCGUCGUGAAUACUUGCACUUCAUCCCCAAGUACAACCGUUAUGAGAAGCGUCACAAGAACGUUGCUGCCCACGUCUCUCCUGCUUUCCGUAUCAACGAGGGUGAUGUCGUUACUGUUGGUCAAUGCCGUCCCUUGAGUAAGACCGUUCGCUUCAACGUUCUCCGUGUUGUCAAGCACACUGAGGGCUCUAAGCAAUUCGGCAAGUUUUAA